CUACUUCCUCAUCGUAUUGCUUCCUACACGAAAUCCACACCAAUGAACGCAUAGAAUGUCUCCCCGUAAAAUCCAUUUCUUGUAGUCAAAACCCAUUUAAUUUUGAUUUCUGCAAUUGGGUUUUUAACUCUUCUCUGAGAUUCUCUGUUUCUGCCAUGGGCACCCUCACAAGCAGUUUUGGAGCCGUGAGUUUGAGAUUCCCUACUGGUCCUGGAAUUGUUGUCUUCAAUGGUCGGAGAACUCGAUCAUUGGUUGAGACCAGCAAGGGGAGGAAGAGCAACUCGUGUUUUCUGUGCAGAGAAAUCUCCAGGAGGGAGGUCUCUUAUAGGAGUUCUGUUAGGUUAAGAUGCUCUAGUGGUAGUAAUAACAAUAAUGAAGGAGAGAGUGAUAAAAUGGCCAAUGAUUCUAGUGUGGCUACCACGGAACCACCGGAAAAGCCCGAGUUGCCAAACAGCGAUGACUUUAUUUCAAAUAAGGAACCUCCUUCAGUUCCUUCCAGGCCUCCAACUACAUCCCCACUUGGACCAGCUUAUAGCAAUUUUCAAGUCGACUCAUUUAAACUGAUGGAACUUCUUGGACCUGAGAAGGUUGACCCAGCUGAUGUAAAGCUGAUUAAGGAAAAACUAUUUGGCUAUUCCACAUUCUGGGUUACCAAAGAAGAACCGUUUGGUAACCUUGGUGAGGGCAUCCUUUUCCUUGGUAAUUUAAGGGGAAAAAGUGAGGACGUCUUUGCUAAGCUCCAGAGUCAGCUGGCUAAUAUCACAGGUGACAAAUACAACAUCUUUAUGGUGGAGGAACCGAAUUCAGAAGGAGAAGAUCCACGCGGUGGGCCACGUGUUAGUUUUGGUUUGCUGCGGAAAGAAGUCUCUGAACCAGGGCCAACAACACUCUGGCAAUACUUGAUUUCCCUCUUGUUAUUCCUUUUGACUAUUGGUUCCUCUGUGGAGUUAGGAAUUGCAUCUCAGAUUAAUCGGCUUCCUCCAGAGGUAUUGAAGUACUUCACAGAUCCAAAUGCCGUUGAGCCACCAGAUAUGGAGCUGCUAUUUCCCUUUGUGGAGUCUGCUUUACCCCUGGCAUAUGGCGUGUUGGGAAUUCUCUUAUUUCAUGAAGUUGGACACUUCUUGGCUGCUUUCCCAAAGAGAGUAAAGCUAAGCAUUCCUUACUUCAUUCCUAACAUCACUCUUGGUAGCUUUGGUGCGAUAACUCAGUUCAAAUCUAUCCUUCCUGAUCGGAGUACAAAAGUCGAUGUUUCACUUGCCGGCCCAUUUGCUGGUGCUGCACUAUCCUUUUCAAUGUUUUCAGUUGGCCUGCUGCUCUCUUCAAAUCCAAAUGGUGCAGGAGAUCUGGUACAGGUUCCUAGCGUGCUCUUCCAAGGUUCCUUACUUCUUGGACUCAUCAGCAGAGCUACUCUUGGUUAUGCAGCAAUGCAUGCUGCAACAGUUUCAAUUCAUCCCCUGGUGAUUGCGGGCUGGUGUGGCUUGACCACUACAGCUUUUAAUAUGCUUCCAGUUGGGUGCCUUGAUGGUGGAAGAGCUGUGCAGGGCGCUUUUGGAAAUAAUGCCUUGAUUGGGGUUGGUUUGACUACUUAUACUUUGCUUGGAUUGGGAGUGCUCGGUGGACCUUUAUCACUUCCUUGGGGACUCUAUGUGCUGAUAUGUCAGAGGGCUCCCGAGAAACCAUGCUUAAACGAUGUGACAGAGGUCGGAACAUGGAGGAAAGCAGCUGUUAUAGUAGCCGUUUUACUUGUUGUAUUGACACUCCUUCCUGUAUGGGAUGAGCUUGCGGAGGAGCUAGGAAUCGGUCUUAUAAGCACAUUUUGAUGUAUUGUACCUAGAAUAAAGCAAUUUUGGAAAGAAAAUGAUAGAUAGAUAGGGUUUAUUCAAUUUGUAUGCUACCAACCAAAUAAAUUGGUCAUUUUUUUUUCUUAAAUCAUCCCUACUGAUUGUAAACUCAAGUUCUUUUAUAUACAUAAUUGAAUCAUGUAGAAAAACAAAUUGAUAAGCAAGAACUUUCGACUUGUA